AUGCCCCUCACCGAGAAUCGCGCUCUGCGCAUCCUAGACCACGCCGCCGAGAACCACUAUGGCAUUCCCGCAAUGUGCUGCUACAAUGUCGAAGGCAUCCUCGCCACUGUCCGCGCAGCAGAAGCCAAGCGCUCAGCAGCAAUGAUCCUCCUCUUCCCCUGGGCAAUCCAUUACGCCGACGGACUCCUCGUACACGCUGCCGCCGAAGCCGCGCGCAAAGCCACCGUCCCAAUCACAGUCCACAUGGACCACGCGCAGACACCAGAAAUUAUCCGGUACGCAGCGGAUCUGGGCGGCUUCGACAGUAUCAUGGUCGAUAUGUCACACUAUGAGAAAGCGGAGAAUCUGGCGCUAACGCGCGAGUUGGUGGAGUACUGCCAUGAGCGGGGCAUUGCGACGGAGGCGGAACCCGGGCGCAUUGAGGGGGGUGAGGAUGGGGUUGCUGACACAGCUGAUUUGGAGGGAUUGCUCACCACCCCGGAAGAGAGUCAGGAGUUUGUUGAUACUGGGAUUGAUUGGUUGGCGCCGGCGUUUGGAAAUGUCCAUGGGGAGUAUGGGCCUCGUGGGAUUCAGCUCGAAUAUGAGCGUUUGCAAUCCAUUAAUGAGGCUGUUGGGGGGAAAGUGAGACUUGUGCUUCAUGGGGCGGAUCCUUUUACCAAGGAGAUUUUCCAGAAGUGUAUUGAUUGUGGUGUGUCCAAGAUCAAUAUUAACAAGGUGUUGAACAAUGAGUAUGUGCGCGUUCAGGCUGAGAAGGCGGGUAAGGUGCCUUUGACUACUUUGUUGGAGGAGGCGACAAAUGCCAUGCAGAAGGCAGUUGAGGGUUGUAUUGAUAGACUGGGCUCUGGUGGAAGAUACCCGUCGAGUUAG